CAAUAAGGUCCAUGUUCGGCCCAACAGCAAAGGGACAGAGCUAGGGUUUUCUUUCUUCAUGCUUUAUAUCUCUGAUUUUUUGAAACCCUACUAGUUGCUCGCAGCCGAGAGAGGUUCCUCUUGCGAGGUGCUGCAUUUUCGACGGCUCUUUAAGGUAAGUCAUGGUGAAGCAUAACAAUGUUGUGCCUAAUGGGCACUUUAAAAAGCACUGGCAGAACUAUGUGAAGACAUGGUUUAACCAACCUGCUCGAAAGACAAGGAGACGCAUUGCUCGCCAAAAGAAGGCUGUGAAGAUCUUCCCUAGGCCUACAGCUGGACCUCUUCGCCCUAUUGUUCAUGGACAGACUUUGAAGUAUAAUAUGAAAUUGAGGGCUGGUAGAGGGUUUUCUCUUGAAGAACUCAGGGCUGCAGGUAUUCCCAAAAAACUUGCCCCUACAAUUGGAAUAGCUGUUGAUCAUCGCAGAAAGAACCGUUCUUUGGAGAGCCUACAGGCCAAUGUUCAGAGGUUGAAGACCUACAAGGCGAAAUUGGUUGUCUUCCCAAGACGUGCUCGCAAGUUCAAGGCUGGUGAUUCUGCACCUGAGGAGCUGGCAACAGCAACUCAAGUACAAGGGCAAUUCAUGCCAAUUGUACUUGAGAAGCCAUCGGUUGAGCUUGUUAAGGUCACAGAUGAAAUGAAGUCAUUCAAGGCAUAUGACAAGCUACGACUGGAACGGAUGAACAAGCGCCAUGCCGGUGCCAGAAUGAAGAAGGCAGCAGAGGCUGAGAAAGAAGAAAAGAAGUAGGAACUACAACCUUGUCAAUUAGCUUUCAAAGUUGCUGUUGGUCUACAUGUUUCAAUAUCCCCAUGAUUCUGUUUAUUCUAAUAGCCAGUCCAAAUGUUGGAUUUAAGUUUUAUGAUGUACAAUAUGGCUGGACUUGUAUUCAUUGAAGUUUUUUGGUCCUGUGCUGAAUUGAGUUGAUUUUAACAUGGUUUAAUUUCCAUGGUA